AUGAGGCUACACAUUUUUCAGUUAUUGGCAUUCAUUGUUUCAAUAUGUUCCGCGGACGUGUUCUUUCCCGGUUCGUUCAAGGACAACACUUUACCAUUGUUGCCCCCCGUAUGCACCGAGGACAAGCUAUAUUGCGAAACGACGUACAACCCCACAUACUUUAUGACCACUUUCAAUGCAGCAUUUGUUGUAUCCGAGUCGAAGAGAAAUAUUGACAGUUCAUUCAGCAUUGUAAUCAACUACCAAGCUGAUAAGUAUGACCAAUUGUACAACAAUUUUUUACAGAACAUCGGCCAAAUUCACCUCACAGGCACUGGAACAGCUGAUCCCAUUCUUUAUAGUUAUGGAAUACCGAAUACAAUCACGAAUCCAUUCCGUUGGUCAGCAAGGAUCCAAGUUACCACACAAGUGAAGAAUGGGAAAUGUUGCACCAGAGAUGGAAUGAGACUUUGGUACACUUUCCGGCCAUAUGGAACUGGGUAUGCUGCUUUAUAUCAAGUUUUUGGCACACAGCAGAUUUAUUACACCACAAAUGCUUGGAAUGGAGCAGUUCAGCAGUAUGACCCAAUGACUCUUUUCAAUCAGCAAUUGUUGUUUCAAAAGAGGGAGGAAGAGAAAUGUGAUGCAAAUGAGUUAGCACACUUGAAUAAAAGAGACUACCUGUCACAAGUUAGCUUAUUGAAUAGUUGCACAACUAAACAUUAUGGUAUUAAGCAAUUCUGUUGGGAUUGUGGUUGUCCACCACCGCCACCGCCACCAAGUUCACCACCACCACCAAGCUCACCACCACCAAGUUCACCACCACCACCACCAAGCUCACCACCGCCAAGUUCGGAACCACCUAGCUCGGAACCACCUAGCUCGGAACCACCUAGUUCGGAACCACCUAGCUCGGAACCACCAAGUUCAGAACCACCUAGUUCUUCAGAGCCACCUAGUUCUUCAGAACCACCAAGUUCAGAGCCACCAAGUUCAGAACCACCUAGCUCGGAACCACCUUCAUCAUCGGAACCACCUAGUUCGGAACCACCAAGUUCAGAGCCACCUAGCUCAGAGCCACCUAGUUCUUCAGAGCCACCUAGCUCAGAGCCACCAAGUUCGGAACCACCUUCAUCAUCGGAACCACCAAGUUCAGAGCCACCUAGCUCAGAGCCACCUAGCUCAGAGCCACCUAGUUCUUCAGAGCCACCCAGCUCGGAGCCACCUAGUUCCAACCCACCCAGCUCGGAGCCACCUAGUUCCAACCCACCCAGCUCGGAGCCACCUAGUUCCAACCCACCCAGCUCAGAGCCACCGAGCUCAGAGCCACCUUCAUCAUCGGAACCACCUAGUUCUUCAGAGCCACCCAGCUCGGAGCCACCUAGUUCCAACCCACCCAGCUUGAACCCUAGUUCCAACCCACCAAGUUCCAACCCACCGAGCUCGAACCCUAGUUCCAACCCACCAAGUUCCAACCCACCGAGCUCGAACCCUAGUUCCAACCCACCAAGUUCCAAUCCACCGAGCUCGAACCCUAGUUCCAACCCGCCAAGUUCCAAUCCACCGAGCUCGAACCCUAGUUCCAACCCACCAAGUUCCAAUCCACCGAGCUCGAACCCUAGUUCCAACCCACCGAGCUCGAACCCUAGUUCCAACCCACCAAGUUCCAAUCCACCGAGCUCGAACCCUAGUUCCAACCCACCGAGCUCGAACCCUAGUUCCAACCCACCAAGUUCCAACCCACCGAGUUCCAAUUUUCCCAGUUCCGGAGGUAGUUCGGGGCCUCUAUCUUCCACAACGUCACCUAGUUCAAUUGUGCAAUCAAGCUCUGUGAAUCUUAGUUCGUCAUUGUCUGAAACUACAUCCAAAUCCUCCAUCGCAUCGUUGGAAUCCACCGAAUCUUCUGGCCAAGAAUCAUCGAAUGUUAUUUCCACCACAAUUGUAACAAUCACUACUUGCUUACAUGGAAGUUGUUCUACUAAUACAGAGACUACUGGCUUGACGGUUAUAACUGAAGGUACUACUACGUACACUACUUAUUGCCCAUUAACAGAAGCAACAGCUACCUCUACCGCGGGUGGAGGUCGUGGGAGCGGAUCAGGUAAUGGAUCAGGUAAUGGAUCAGGUAAUGGAUCAGGUAAUGGAUCAGGUAAUGGAUCAGGUAAUGGAUCAGGUAACGGAUCAGGUAAUGGAUCAGGUAACGGAUCAGGUAAUGGAUCAGGUAAUGGCAAUGGGCAACCUUCUGUUACAACGAUUACAAUUACAACUUGCUCGAAUGGUGGAUGCUCCACAAUAUUGGAAACCACGGGAGUGACAGUGAUCACAAGAGGAACAAAUGUGUACACAACUUAUUGUCCUCUAACAAGUCAAACACUGGAUUCGUCCCCAACUAAGGGACCGAUUAACGGAUCAGGAAGUGGAUCAGGAAGUGGACCAGGAAGUGGACCAGGAAGUGGAUCAGGAAGUGGAUCAGGAAGUGGAUCAGGAAGUGGAUCAGGAAGUGGAUCAGGAAGUGGAUCACAAUCAUCUUCCCUAACAAUCGUUACCGUUACUACUUGCUUGAAUGGGGACUGUUCUAUUGUUGUUGAAACUACUGGAGUCACGGUUGUGACUGAGGGAACAACUACUUACACUACAUAUUGCCCAUUACCGGCGGAAAUGACACUUUCAUCUACGUCAAUUGGGCCAAGUUCCGAAUCUGGUAAUGGCAAUAAACCAGGAAAUGAGGGAGCGGGUCCAGCAAAUCAAGGUUUGCAUCCAGCAAGUGGAGAACAAGGAUCGGGUUCAGGAAGUCCAGAAGGACAAGGACUGAGUCCAGGAAGUCCAGGAAGUCCAGAAGGACAAGGGUCGGGUUCAGGAAGUCCAGAAGGACAAGGACUGAGUCCAGGAAGUCCAGAAGGACAAGGACUGAGUCCAGGAAGUCCAGAAGGACAAGGACUGAGUCCAGGAAGUCCAGAAGGACAAGGACUGAGUCCAGGAAGUCCAGAAGGACAAGGACUGAGUCCAGGAAGUCCAGAAGGACAAGGACUGAGUCCAGGAAGUCCAGAAGGACAAGGACUGAGUCCAGGAAGUCCAGAAGGACAAGGACUGAGUCCAGGAAGUCCAGAAGGACAAGGACUGAGUCCAGGAAGUCCAGAAGGACAAGGACUGAGUCCAGGAAGUCCAGAAGGACAAGGACUGAGUCCAGGAAGUCCAGAAGGACAAGGACUGAGUCCAGGAAGUCCAGAAGGACAAGGACUGAGUCCAGGAAGUCCAGAAGGACAAGGACUGAGUCCAGAAGGACAAGGAGGACAAGGACUGAGUCCAGGAAGUCCAGAAGGACAAGGACUGAGUCCAGGAAGUCCAGAAGGACAAGGACUGAGUCCAGGAAGUCCAGAAGGACAAGGACUGAGUCCAGAAGGACAAGGAGGACAAGGACUGAGUCCAGGAAGUCCAGAAGGACAAGGAUCGGGUUCAGGAAGUCCAGAAGGACAAGGACUGAGUCCAGGAAGUCAGAUGUCAAUUGUUCAAGAGUCGAGUCAAGGUUCAAUUGUGGUGUCACCUACAGUACUACAUUCAGUUGAGGGUCUCAUCCCAUCUUUAGAAACUGUCUCGAUUAUGCAAUCAAGUGAGUCAUCACUGUCAGAAUCAAAUCCGGCUGAGAUUUCAGCCUUUGCUGCCGUCGGUGCUACCAUAGGCUAUUCCAUCGGAGCUAUCUCUUUGGCGUUUGCCGUUAUUUUACUCUAG